AUGUUUUCACUGUCAUUCACGUAGGGAAGCUAGACCGGGAAAGUCAUUCCCCUCUCUGUUCAAUUUAUUUACAUCACCCCGUCCGUGCACCUCGUUCCACCCAUCACAACCAGUUACGACCAACACUGCCAAAACGAAAAAUGAUCAACACAGGAAAACUUGCCGGGCGCACUCUCUUCAUUACGGGCGCAUCGAGAGGCAUCGGUAAGGCGAUUGCCUUGAAGGCUGCCCAGGAUGGUGCAAACAUAGUUGUCGCCGCGAAGACGGCCGAACCACAUCCUAAGCUACCCGGAACAAUCUACACAGCGGCAAAGGAGAUUGAAGCAGCUGGUGGCAAAGCCCUGCCCUGUGUUGUAGAUGUCCGCGACGAGGCAGCAGUCCGCACAGCUAUCCAGAAUGCCGUUGCCCAGUUCGGUGGCAUCGAUAUUUUAGUCAACAAUGCCAGUGCAAUUUCCCUUACACCCACGGAACAAACCGACAUGAAACGUUACGAUCUGAUGCAUAGCAUCAACACAAGAGGUACAUUCCUGGUGUCCAAAGAAUGCAUUCCUUACCUUCGCAAAAGCAACCACGCGCACAUCCUGAACAUUUCACCCCCGCUAAACAUGGUUCCGCACUGGUUCAGCAAUCAUGUCGCCUACACGAUGGCCAAGUAUGGCAUGUCGAUGUGCGUGCUCGGUAUGGCGAAGGAGUUCGAGAGCGCAAACAUUGCCGUCAAUGCCCUAUGGCCUCGGACGGCGAUCUUCACCGCCGCCAUGGAGAUGCUGACCGGCAAAGAAAGUGAUCAAUUUUCACGCAAGCCCGAUAUCAUGGCCGACGCAGCGUACGCCAUCCUGUCGAAGGAACCGAAAAAGCAGAGUGGUAAAUUUUUGAUCGACGAUGAGGUGCUGACGGCGGAAGGAAUUACCGACCUGAAGCAGUACGCCUGUGUGCCCGAGAACGCCGACAAGCUGAUGCCCGAUUUCUUCCUCGACGUUGCGCCCGAGAAGUUGGUUGAGUUUGCGGCGGAAGGAAGUCAUGCGGCAUCGCUCAAGAAACCCCAGGCAGCUGCGGCCGGUGGCAAAAUUGAAGGUCUGUUCCAGAAAAUCGAAUCCAUGUUGAGCGAAGAGAUCGUGCGCAAGACCGGCGCAGUGUACGAGUUUAAGGUGAAGGGUGAAGAGGCCGGCACGUGGUUUGCCGAUCUGAAGAAUGGUACCGGCCAGGUGGGGAAGGGAAACCCACCGUCGAAGGCUGAUGCCGUGUUGACGAUGGACUCGAAGCACUUCUUCGAUAUGUUCACCGGUAAGCUGAAGCCGGCGAAUGCAUUUAUGACGGGCAAGCUGAAGAUCUCCGGCGAUCUACAGAAGGCAAUGAAACUGGAGAAGCUUAUGGGUGGUCUGAAGGCCAAGCUUUAGGCGGGGUGUGUAUGAGUGUGUGCAUGUGAGGGAGUUUAAUGUAUUUAUCUUAUGAUUUCUUUUGUUUCAUUGUGAGAUGCAGGGUUUAAUAAAUGAUUUAUAUUUUGCUAACAUCACUA